AUGAUGGUCGAGCCGACCAACAAGAAACGAAAGCUCGAGCCGAUCAACGGUCAUGGUCAACCAUCACUGGCAAAGCAAGAGAGUUUUUCUGCUGUACUAGAACAACUAGAAGCUGAAGAGGAAAGCUCGGGAGAUAGCAUCGAGACAUCAUCAGCAUGGCCAAGACCCGCCGCCCCUCACCUCAAUGUCAAAACCGAUUCUAUAGCAUUUCAGCAGAUAGAACUUGAAGAAGCGACAGAUCCGAAACAUGGACCUACGAUACGUCUUUUCGGUGUAAACCAAAUGGGGAAUUCCGUGUUGGCACAUGUGCAUGGGUUCAAGCCUUACUUUUACGUUGCUGCACCCCAAGGAUUCCUGAAUAAGGAUCUAGAACCUCUAAAAGAUAAGAUCAACCAAAUGUUCUCUUCUUUCGGAUUAUGUGUGACGAAUACUGCGAUCUUCAAUCGAAGGUCACUAUGGGGCUACAGAGGAGAUGAGAGUGUCCCGUUCAUCAAAAUCACUUGUGCUGAUCCUAAGAAUAUAUCGAAAGUAAAAGAUGAAGGUCAAAUAGAUUUCAAUGGCUUGUUCGAUACUGAACUUCUGACGUAUGAGAGUAAUAUCGCUUAUUCCUUGAGGUUCAUGAUUGAUACCAAGGUCGUUGGCAUGAAUUGGGUUGAAAUCAAAGGAGGGAGAUAUGAGCUAUUGGAGGGAAAAGAUAAGAGGUCAAGGUGUCAAAUCGAGGUAUCAUGCGAUUAUAAAGACCUGUUAUCGCAUGCGCCUGAAGGAGAUUGGCUCAAGAUCGCGCCGCUAAGAGUCUUAUCAUUCGAUAUUGAAUGUGCGGGUAGAAAAGGUAUCUUCCCCGAAGCGCAAAUAGAUCCUGUCAUUCAAAUAGCAGCCAUGGUUACAAGGCAAGGUGAAACGAAACCUUUCAUUCGGAAUGUUUUCACGUUGAACACUUGUGCACAUAUCGUUGGAUCUCAAGUACUUGAAUUUCGAGAUGAAAAACAAUUAUUGAUAGAGUGGAGGAAAUUCGUCGAGACUGUAGAUCCCGAUAUGAUUAUCGGUUACAACAUUGUCAAUUUCGAUCUACCAUAUCUAUUAGAUCGAGCGAAAGCCUUGAAAGUACCUGAGUUUGCCUUCCUCGGUCGAAUGCUAGGUAUAAGAUCCGAAGUGAAGGAUACCCAUUUCUCCUCAAAAGCAUACGGUCAACGGGACUCGAAAGCUGUCAAUAUUGACGGUCGUCUUCAGCUUGAUAUCCUUCAAGUCAUGCAAAGAGAUUACAAGCUCCGAAGUUAUACUCUUAACGCUGUUUGUGCUCAGUUCUUGGGAGAGCAGAAAGAGGAUGUACAUCAUUCCAUCAUUACGGAGCUCCAAAACGGUACCGCUGACUCGAGAAGAAGGCUAGCGGUGUACUGUCUGAAGGAUGCAUACCUUCCACAAAGAUUGAUGGACAAGUUGAUGUGUUUCGUCAAUUACACUGAGAUGGCACGUGUGACGGGUGUACCAUUCAAUUAUCUACUUUCAAGAGGACAACAAAUCAAAGUUAUCUCGCAACUGUAUCGGAGUGCUGGCGAGGCAGGAUACAUAAUUCCAGCAAUGAGAAGUGAAGGAUCAGAUGAACAAUACGAAGGUGCAACUGUUAUCGAACCUACGAAAGGUUAUUAUGAUGUUCCUAUCGCUACAUUGGAUUUCGCUUCGCUAUAUCCAUCAAUUAUGAUGGCUCAUAAUCUGUGUUACACUACUCUACUGGAUAAAGCAACUAUAGAAAGAUUAAAAUUGGUUGAAGGAAAAGAUUACGUCCAUACCCCUAAUAAUGAUUAUUUCGCCACGACAAAUAAACGUAAAGGACUGCUUCCAAUCAUCUUGGAGAAUCUGUUAGGCGCUCGUAAAAAGGCUAAGCAAGAUUUGAAAGUGGAAAAAGACCCUUUCAAACGCGCUGUGUUAGACGGUCGACAAUUGGCAUUGAAGAUUAGUGCAAACUCAGUCUAUGGGUUUACUGGUGCAACAGUCGGUAAACUCCCUUGUUUGGCCAUUUCGUCAAGUACCACAGCCUACGGAAGACAAAUGAUUGAAGCCACAAAGGUGGAAGUUGAAUCUCAAUAUUGUAUUGAGAAAGGUUACGAUCAUGAUGCCAAAGUUAUUUAUGGUGAUACAGAUUCUGUGAUGGUCAAAUUUGGCUGUCCAGAUCUAGAAACCGCAAUGAGAUUGGGUGCCGAAGCCGCCGAGUUAGUGUCAGGCAAAUUCAUCAAACCAAUCAAGUUGGAAUUCGAAAAAGUAUAUUUCCCAUAUCUGCUUAUUAGUAAGAAGAGAUAUGCUGGAUUAUAUUGGACUAAACCUGAAAAAUACGACAAGAUGGACACCAAGGGGAUUGAGACCGUCCGAAGAGAUAAUUGCCGACUUGUUUCAACUGUCAUUGAGACUUGCUUAUUUAAGAUGCUUAUUGAUCGGGACGUGAAAGGAGCUGAAGAAUACGUCAAGCAGACAAUCUCAGAUCUGCUGCAAAAUAAGGUCGAUAUGUCUCAGCUGGUGAUCACGAAAGCUCUGGCGAAGGCAGACUAUGCAGCAAAGCAAGCUCACGUAGAAUUAGCGGAAAGGAUGAGAAAGCGAGACGCAGGUUCCGCUCCAUCGUUAGGUGAUCGAGUAGCUUACGUGAUCAUCAAGGGAGUCAAAGGUGCAGCUGCAUAUGAGAAGUCUGAAGAUCCAUUGUAUGUCCUAGAACAUAACGUUCCCAUAGAUACGAGAUAUUACUUGGAAAAUCAACUGUCAAAACCUCUCAUGAGGAUUUUCGAACCUAUUUUAGGAGAAAAAGCCAACAGUUUAUUGGCAGGAGAUCAUACAAGAACUAUCCAGAUCGCUACCCCUACAAUAGGAGGAUUAAUGAAAUUUGCAGUCAAAACAGUUACCUGUUUAGGAUGCAAAACUCCUUUGAGAAGUAAUAAAGACGGAGCAGUAUGUGUCAAUUGUAGACCUAAAUUACCUGAAUUAUAUCAAAAGCAAGUGGUCCAAACCUCAUCUCUACAAAUCGAUUUUGCGAGAUUGUGGACUCAAUGUCAACGGUGUCAAGGAUCGUUACAUCAGGAUGUCAUUUGUACUUCGGCAGAUUGUCCUAUUUUCUACCGAAGAACAGCUAGACAGAAAGAAGUGGCAGUCGCUGUCACUCAGUUAGAUAGGUUCGAGAAAGAGGCGUUUUGGUAG